UUCUUCGUCUCCUCCUCCUCCGCCCGCCAGGAGGCGACUGCCCGCUGACUGUAACCGUCUCGUCUCCCUGACCGAAGAAGAAGAAGAAACUGUAGAACCAACAUGGCUGCGUCGUUGGUGCGGUUUGCCCGUGGAGGACUCGGGAGGAGUUUUAACUUUGCCAGGAGUUCAUGUCUCCUCCAGCAGCAGCAGAGCAGACUGCAGAGCUCCACCACCGAGACCAGCCCCACGGUCAGGCCCAAGGAUGCCGUCACUCACAGCCAGCUGGCAGCGUUUGGGGAGUUUGUGGCUGAGAUGAUGCCCAAAUACAUCCAGCAGGUCCAGGUGACGUGUUAUAAUGAGCUGGAGUUUAUGAUCCAUCCCGACGGCGUGAUCCCCGUGCUGACCUUCCUGAGGGACCACACCAACGCCCAGUUCAGGAGCAUGAUCGACCUGACGGCUGUCGACAUCCCAUCACGCCAGAACCGCUUUGAGAUCGUGUACAACCUGCUGUCACUGCGCUACAACUCCCGUCUCCGCGUUAAGACGUACACAGAUGAGUUAACGCCGGUGGACUCUGCGGUCCCGGUCCACAACGUCGCCAACUGGUACGAGAGGGAGGUGUGGGACAUGUUUGGCGUGUUCUUUGCCAACCACCCAGACCUGAGGCGUAUUCUGACGGACUACGGCUUCGAGGGUCACCCCUUCAGGAAGGACUUCCCUCUCUCUGGAUACGUAGAGGUGCGUUACGACGAUGAGCUGAAGCGUGUGGUGGCGGAGCCCGUGGAGCUGUCGCAGGAGUUCAGGAAGUUUGACCUGAACUCGCCGUGGGAGGUGUUCCCCGCCCACCGAGAGCCCAAAGAGGCCGCGCCCAAACUGGAGGCUGGCGACGCCGCACCUGAGAAGAAAUGAUGUCCCUCUGUCUGUUAGUGUUAUUCUGGGACUCCCAGCACUCUGAACAAACACACUUGAAAUAUUUAUGUAAAUAAAAAUACUAAUAAAACAACCUUAAAAAGAGA